AUUAUUGAACAUUACACUGGUGUAUAUCGAGCGAUAUCGUAUUAUAACGCGCAACGAUUUAUCGACAUAUAAUAAUGCAGCAACACCGGGUGGAAACGCAAAUACUCCACGAGGAGCAGAUCCUGGAAGCAAUAGAUCAGUUGCGUAGACGGAAGGCGCGACCAGACGCCGACCGUAUAUGCAACUAUUUGCUACGGAAGUUCUCCGUUGAUGCACGGGAUACUAUUGCCGAUCUUCAUAGGUUGAUCGAAGCGGAGAAGGUGAUUCAGGUGGACUACAAGGGUAACACCAGUUAUCGAAAUGCUUCGAAAUGGUCGCGGUUACAACUCUACAAAAAUCGACCGGAGGGUUUUGUAAAGGAGAAGUUAAACUCUGGGAUGGUGGCGGGUGCCGUGGCCGAACUUGUUGUCGAAGAGCCGGAUUACCUUGAUCAAGGUGUACCCGCAUAUAGAUUGGUCGAGCAGCUACUCGAUGGUGUUUCGAAUCCUACCUCCAGGCGUAUGGUCGAGGAUUUUCUUGGCAAAGAAGUAGCCAGCGGUAAUUUGACGCGUCUCUCUAACGGCAAUUACUCGCUGGUGGCGACGUCUGAUAUGACAACCACCGCCGAACCAACGCAUCGAGAAUCGUUCACUCUUGAGAAUGGGAACGCGCGACGCAAGGAAUUACAGACCGUAUCCUCGACUACGGGUGGUCUGUACGACUUCGACGAGACCGAGAACCUGACAAUAACGGACUCUCGGUCGAACACGCCGAGAUCCUCGCGUCAAGCUAGCCCGAAACAUGAUCCACAAAUCAGAAAGGAAGAAUGUUUCGAAAUAAUCGUCGGUAGAAAUGAAAACACUGCCUCGCCGGUGGAACACGAUUCCCUGAAGGAAUCGGAAUCACAUGAACCUUCGCAAACAUCUAUCGAGGAUGUGAAAGAAGAAUCAAAAAGUACAGACAGUCAAUCACAUAACCUCAAAAGAUCUUCGAAGGCUGAGCGUAAACAGCGUCUGCUUGUUCGAACAGAUGAUCCUAUGGACAUAGAGAUCAAGUUUGAGGAUUAUCGAAAAGAAAAUAAAGAGGAAACGAAUUCGCAAAAGGAAAAGAGAGACGAGGCUGGACAUCUCAGUGAAGAACGGGAGGACGACGACGCGGGAAGAAGUUCCACUAAUCCUUCGCCUACACCAUCAAACGUUAACGUUGGUGGAUUUCGUAGUGCUCGCAGAAAGAGAGCAAAAAAAGUAUUUGAUCCUUCUGACAAUAAUCUUGUAAAGCGGAAGCGUGGAAGACAGCCAGGUUCUCAGAAUAAGUCUUCUUUGUCUCAAGAGUCUCAAGACACUUCCAAAUCCUCUAUCAAGGAUGGACCCUGUAGACAAUGUAGUCUUUGUGCCAAAGAAAAGCAAGAAACUUUGGUAGCUUGCCGUGAUUGUACCGUAAGAGCACAUCCGAGUUGUAUUUAUAGUCCAGAAGAAAUGAUCCAGAAGGCAGGUAGUAACUGGCAGUGUGAACGUUGCAAGAGUUGUACAAUAUGUUGUGAAACUUCUGAUGCAGGUCCACUUGCAACAUGUUUCACAUGCGAUGAAGCUUAUCAUUAUUAUUGUCAUACACCACGGAUAAUAAUACCUAAAUCAAAUUCAAAAUGGCAAUGUAACGACUGUGUACAAAAGCAGUAUAAACCAAAUAUAAGCCAGAAUAUUAGUCUGGUUACUAGUAGACCCGACACACCAUCGAAUCCUCCUGUUUUACCUCCAGUUUUAAGUCCUCAAGUAUCUCCUGCUAGAGGUUCCUCUGAUCAAAUGGAGGAUGAUGGCCCAAGAGAUGGAAUUGAUCCAAAUAUACCCGAUGCUUCAGAUUGGACAUCUGAACAAGUGUACCAGUAUUUUGCAAGACUUUUUCCAAAGGAAGCUGAAGUGUUCAGGCAGCAGGACAUUGAUGGUCACUCUUUAUUAUUGAUGAAACGGUCUGAUGUUUUAAGCGGACUUGAUUUACUUUUAGGUCCAGCAUUGAAAAUAUAUAGGCACGUGUUAAAACUACAAGUGCGGAGGGAUGAUCCGAAACUUUACUGGCUGUAA